UCUUUGUGUUUCCGAUAGCACAUGCACACGUUUGGGACGGGAUUUUCCCUCCGCGAGUUUGAACAAGUCUUUAUACAUAGAAAUGCUAAUAUCUGGCCUAUUCAUUAUCGGUCGAUCGGGCCUUUAAAAGUUCGAGGAUGCUGGAAUAGAAUCGUUGUCGCUGCGACACGGAAUACGUUUAAGCCUUAACAAGUGUCGAUCCAAAGAAGCGUUAUGAAUCAUCCCCAACUGGGACCAGAAAAAUCGGAUGAUUGGGCGCGCGGAUUUCCAUUCCACCAGAAUCCUCGACACCUGUGCACAAGUGCCUUAGUCCGUGUAAUGCGUCAAAAUUGCUGUUUCAAGUGUAGCGUGUGCUUCCCUGCUUUUUAAAGGCCCAUCAGUCGAACUCAAGCAACGAUUGGAAGUGAAGCUAGUUUUGGAGCAAAGAAUUUUUGUUCAGUUUUUUUCAAGAUCUAGAUUGCGUGAAGCUUUCCAACAAUCUCACAAUGAAAAAGAACACAGUCAGUAUUUUAUUGGGCAGCUUCUUGCUGUUCAACAGUCUUGUGCUCUCAAGGACACAGGAAGUGGACGAGGAAACUGAGGACGGAGAAGAGUCUUCCAUUCGCAACUCCACCACUGAAACUACAACCGAAGAGUCCGUUACAAAUGCCAAUGUUACUUCCUCAAAUGCCACGAGGACGAAUUUUACAAGGCCAAAAAUUUGCAUGGAACCCGAAUAUCGUGGCCGAGGUAAAGGACACUUCCAACGAUAUCUCUUCAAUGAGACUUUAGAGAAGUGUCAGAAAUUUAUUUAUGGCCAAUCGGAUUAUGGCAAUGGGAACAAUUUUGAAACGCUCGAGGAAUGUGAGGGUGUGUGUUUGGGCAAGCCCUAUAAUCAAACGGACACGAAAGAAUCAGAGAUCAAGAAUGUGGGAAACAAUGAGGAGAAAAGAAGGACAAGAAGCGUUGUGAGUGGGAUUGUUCUCACCAACUCACAAAGGACUCGAAAUACGACAAUCACAGAUUUCCAAAACAAUAAUUUCACUCAAAUUUGGACGUUGAAUUUCAUGGAGGUGGAAGAAGAUUCGGACAAUUCCAGUAACCUUUACAUUCGUCCCAAAUUCGACAUGAUCAACCCUGGUAGAAAUGGCACUUUACAAACAGACUUGGAGCUCAUGAAAGACCAGCAUUACGAGAUCAAGCUAAUGCUCCGAGCUCCUGGUUAUGACACUGAGUUUUUAAACUCCAUGGGCAAUGAAAAUCCAUUUUUCGUCAUGGAGCUCCAAAAAAUGGAUAUGGAUCCGAAUGGAACGCAAACCAUUAUACAGAACUUGACACUUUUUAACUUGGACGAUUACGCCACAGCUUUCAGUGGUAACACAGAUUGGAAUAACAUUAGGUUCACAUUAAUCGAGGGCCUUGAGGGAAAUUUCUCGCUCAAAUUCACCUCCCGAAGGGGUACCAACAUGUUAGCGGAUCUCCAAUUGGACGAUAUCGAGUUCCAAUGGAUCCCGAAGUUGAAAAACAUGACCGAGGAAGAAGUGGGGACCGUGGACCCUCCGGGGAUGAAUUCCACGAUUUCUCCAAUCAGCAACUCAACCGAACCUACUGAAACAACAGAAACUCCACCUGAUAACACUACAACACCAAUCCCUUCAACAACUACUACUACCCCCAUUCCUCCGUCAAACACGACAGAAAAUUCCACCAAAAUUGAUGAAAAUGAAAGCGGUAACGUGACAACGGCAGGUUUGGGAUCUGGCGGAUCGGAUGAUUCCGGUGGUUCGAGUGCCACCGUGGUCGUGAUGGCCGUGUUCGUUGUGAUCCUAAUCGUGGCUCUGAUGGGAUUAGGAACCAAGCACUAUCAGCUCUUGCAAAGUGUGCACGGAGCAUACAAUGUGAAUGUAAUGCCAACACAGUCGUAUGACAACCCUUCCUAUGGAGGUCAGCACAUGUCUGCGGAUCGCUAUGGAGGCCGGCAUUGACUAACCGACGAUGCUGAAGCUCAUGAGCUUCACUACAACAGACUUAUUUGAAUCCUAGCCCAUUACUUCUCGUGGACCAAAUGACAUCAAAACAGGCGUUGAUUGGGGUUCAUACGACAUGCUUGUAUAUUUAAGAGACGUGGUCCCCGUUUGUCAUGAAAUAGUUACGAUUGCAUUGGAAAUGAACGAUCUAUUCGAGGAUUUGGUAAUGCAGCCCACGUUUGUGUCAAUUGAUAUUACCUGAAUUACAGAAGUCUUCCACGA